AUGUCUACUAGCUCGCCGGCCAAGAAUAAAAGGUCAAUAUCGUCGGCAAUUGCAGGACUUUUCCGGCGGCCUGCGGAUGGGGCAAGUACAGCGGAAUGCGCGGAUUGCAGUACAGAGCUGCCCAUUGAAUAUGAGUCGAACACCAGCAGCGAUACAGUGAUUAAGCGGCCACGGGCGGGCGUCCGGGGGGCGGAGCCGCUGAUUUUAUACGAGUCGGACGUGGCCGUGCGGCCGCCCGUGCUGCCGAUCCUGCCGCUGCAGCGGCUGCGGAUGCUGCGGCACCGGCAGGAGCUGCGGCGGCGACAGUACCAGCUGGCGCCACUGGUACAGAGCGGGCACGGCGGGCGGAUUGUGUCGGAGGCGAGCGGCGAGGGGUGGCGGCGGAUUGCGGGCGGGACGCGGAGCGCGUCUGCACUGGGCAGGGCGGGCACGGGCAAGAAGGGGAGACUGUGGUCGAGCAACUUCGAGUACGACCUGUCGGAGUACGAUGUGCUGAAAAAACAGAAGCUGAACACGCGCGACGCGAAGGAUAUUACGAUGCUGGACAGUCCGAAGCUGUCGGAGGAGGUCGUGCUGAAGAACGGCGCGGCUAGGCGCGAUGCUGGCGAGCCGCCGUUCUCAUCCAACCUGUCGCGGGCGCAAUUGAAGCUGCUGACCGGCUGCGAGUCGCCGGCCCUGCUUCGAGGCGAGGCUGCGGCGGGCGGUAAAAGCAUUGAUGGCCGCACGCCCUACUCCAAGCCGCACGACGGCGCUGCCGCGGGCCCGAAGAAGAUGCCCAGUGUUGGCUUUGACUUCUUGCUCAAGGCUGAUGCCGAUACGCCGUCCAAAACGAAGCUGCCGGCGCUUCCGGCGCCAGCUGUGUCGUUGACUCUGGACGAGAACCGUCCCGCGCAGCCUAGCCGCGCAGAAGAGACGGUGCGUCCGGCAGAGACGCCCAGCGCGCCACUUCUGGCGUUCGGGAACCAGGGCCAAGAUGUGUCCAAGCCAGCGGCGCAGCCGCAGCUUUCCUUCACGUUUGGCGCGCCCAAAGCAGCGGGCGGUAAGGACGUAGCGGAACCGGCGAUCAAAGCUACAUCUCCUGAGGAAAGCACGAAAAAGCCGGCAUUUUCUUUUAAUAUCUCCAACGGGGGUGCCAACAAGGCUCCUUUUUCAUUUGGAGCGAGUGCGCAGACCCAAAAUAGCGGUACUACGUCAAAUACACCCAACGGUGGCGCACAGGGGUCCGCCAAACCUACAUUUUCCUUCGGACAGAAUUUCGGCGCCUCCCAGCAAGCAGAAAACAAACCAAAUACCACAUCAUCAGAGGAUAAAUCUAGUCCGUCCAAGGAUGCGCCAGCCCCGCCUAUCUUCGGGAAUGGGAAGCCCACGGUAUCUGGUUUUAGCUUUUCAAAUGGCAGUAGGGAAGCAACUGUGCCUUCGAAGAAGGCUGAUUCGACCUCUGGGAAUCCUACGCUUAUGUUUGGCAAUGGAAUACAGAACAAGGAACCCCAAACUACACCAACCUUUAGCGAUGACAAGAAGGACACGUCCUCUAAGCCGACGUUCCAAUUCGUCAUUCCUGCUAAAAGUAAUACAAAUGCAUCUAACACCAACACAACAUUUGGUACAACCAUGAAUGGCAAUAGCGUCAGCUCAGCCACAAACCUUUUCUCUGGAUCCAGCUCGGAAACAGCAAAAUCCUCGAAUAAUCAAGCUGUACCGACUCUUUCAGACGGAAGCGCAGUAAAAGGUACUUCUCUUGAUAGACAGAACACAUUAUCUCCUGUCACUUUUGGUGCGCCAUCAGCGCAACCUACAACGUCCGGUAGCCUUGGGGCAGCGCCAUUCUCGUUCAAGACAACAACACCUGAUACGUCGAACCCAACUAACCCGCCAUCCCUACUCUUUGGAAAUAAUGUUAACGGCAAUGGCUCUCUUUCCAGUACCUCUGCUCCGGUGACUUCCGGUGCAGCCUCGAACAGCGGUGGCUUUAAGUUUGAUAUGAGCGGGUUCAAGAAUAACCAAGGAGUAACCUCCCCGGUGCCAACUUUUUCAAUGAACAAUAACGUCUCACAAAGACCUGGUAACAAUAUGGCAUUGAACGGAAGUAGUAUGUCGAUUGCUAACGCUCCUCAGCCGCAACAGGCCACGGCCUUUGGUUUCCCACAAGACUCUGUAUCGAAUGGCACCACAGCUUUCGGAUCAGGCUUGACUACUGCGAACAAUUCGCCAGCUUUUGGGAUUAGUACCAAUAACAACAACAGUAAUAACAACCAGCCUGCUGCCGCGUUUACUUUUGGCAGCAACGCGGGGUCUCCAGCGCCGUCACUGUUUGCUAACAGCGCUUCCUCAGCGCUACAGAAUAAUAGGCCAGUGGCUUUUACUCCGUCUUCAUCGGUUAACCUGAACUUCGGUGGUGCGCCAGCUGCAUCCCUUGACCCGUCGCAAGUUUUUGGUCAAGCAGCGACAGGACAGCCUCAAAACAGCGGUUUCGGUAUGCCACAACAACCAAUGAUGCACCUUCCUCCGGGUAGGAGGAUAGCUAGAAUGAGAGCCAGAAGAGGAUGA